CAGCCUAGCCUUCCUCCUCCCUUCUUCUGGUUGAAAAUUUGUGUUUCAGAUUUCACACAGAAAAAACGAAUCAAAUCCUCGUUUCUUGUUUUUCUUGAAUUCUCUCGUACCAGAAGAAUACGGAGAAAUCCAAAGCAAAUCUUUGGAGGAACCAAUUCAGCGUCCUCCCUUUGAAUUCAGAAGAGCGACGUGGAGGAAGAAGAAGAUGAAGCCGCAACGCCGCUUCACCUUCUUCUCCUAUUAAUUCUAAUCUCCUUUUCAUGGCCGCUCCUCAGCAUCGCUGCGUUUUCGUUGGGAAUAUACCUUAUGAUGCUACUGAGGAACAGCUUAUAGAAAUCUGCAGGGAGGUUGGCCCUGUUGUUUCUUUCAGAUUAGUUAUUGAUAGAGAAACUGGUCAACCAAAAGGUUAUGGGUUCUGUGAGUACAUGGAUGAGGAGACAGCCCUAAGUGCACGAAGGAAUCUUCAAGGUUAUGAGAUCAACGGCCGGCAAUUACGAGUUGAUUUUGCUGAAAAUGACAAAGGCUCCGAUAAAAACCGAGAGCAGGCCCGUGGUGGACCUGGACUGGCAACAAAUAUUGACUCUCAAAAUAAAGGAGGCCAAGCAGUCCAGGGCGAAAUGUUUCACCUGCAGCCUGUUGGUCUCCAUUCAGCUAUAAAUGCUGCAAGUCUCAUGGCUGAAGCUCUUGGUGGUGUGCAGGCUGGUCUGCAGCAUAAUCAAAAUGCUUUGCCAGGUCAGCCAGCACCAGCUACUGAUCCGCUAACGCUCCAUCUUGCCAAAAUGUCCAGGAGCCAGCUGAAUGAAAUUAUGUCUGAGCUGAAGAAAAUGGCUACGCAAAGUAAGGAACGAGCUCGCGAGCUAUUGCUUUCAAAACCUCAGUUACUGAAAGCUAUUUUUCAGGCACAAAUAAUGCUAGGAAUGGUCACCUCCCAAGUGUUGCAGAUGCCAAACAUACGACAGCCUCUCGGUCAACAUGCACAGAUUCCAUUACAGGAUGCCCAGCAUAGUCAGCAGCCAACAGCAGAAACGGUUCAGACCGGCUUUAUUCCUAAAGUACAAAGUCGAAUAUCUUCUGUGCCUCAUAAUUCUUUAUCUCACAACCAAUUUUCUGCAACCCUACAAUCAACUUUGCAGCCUCGGACACAGCUUCCACAACAUUCCAGCCAUCUAGUUCUACCGCCAGCUGCUUCACAUUCUGUAGUUCCCAAACUUCCUUCUAUAAACACCUCUGUUAUACCACAAAUUCAAAUUCAGGUGGCAAAUUCUUCAUCUUUGAACAGACAAUUGCAGCCUUCAUUGCCACACUCAGGACAGCUUGCAAUUGCUAAUUUAAGUCAUGGCAGUCGGAUGGUUUUGCCAAAUGCUGUCAUGCAAUCAGCACCACCUCAUCCCUCCUUUUCAGAUACCAGCUUCCAGCCUGGUCCCUCUAUAACACAUGGCAAUGCGGAGAUAUCAAAUAUUGUUCUAAAUCCUUCAGAAGCAGUAAAUCGGCCUCUGAAAAUGGUGAAAUUAGAUGGGGGAAAAAGCUGUUCGUCACCAUUUGGGUUGAACACGUCCAAUGUAAGUGGAUCCAAAACAUCGCAAACAUUUGAUGUUUAUUUAGCACACAUUAAUCAAAUACGUAGAACAGAAGAGGUGCAAUAUGCUGAAAAGCAGGUUUCUCAGCCACAACUCGCACUGGAUGUUGAGUCUGUUUUACUGCAGCAAGUGUUAAACCUAACACCGGAACAGCUGAGUUCAUUGCCACCCGAACAGCGCCAACAGGUCAUUCAACUCCAACAGGCACUUCGGCAAGAUCAGAUGCAGCUGCCGUCAUAGCAGGUAGGCUUCCAAUACAACUACUGUCAACAGCGUCAUCUUCCAUCCUUUUUUUAAGCUUUCUGGAAGAAGUGAUCUGCUGUCGGUUCAUUCACAUGCCCAAUGCUUGCAAAAUUAUAAUUUAUUAUUAGAUUCGAUAGAAAAUCUCGUCAAUGUCACGUUUGUGAGCUUGUUUCUAGAAUACACGAAAGAUUCAGCGAGGAGAAAAAGAAAUGAAAAUGAAAACUUUGUCUAAUCUUCUCAUUGUCCGACACUUGCUAGUGUUACUGGUGUACUACUUGGCCUGUAGUUUACCUCGGGACAAGCCUUUUCUUUUUCCUCUUUUAAGUUAAGUUUGGAUCACUUGCAGGAUUAGCCAA